AUGCUAUCACAUUCAUUACCCUACGCUUUUGUCUUACUGCUCCUCACACUCCUUCAUUCUUCGGCCGUACGAGCCGCAGUCCACGCAGGCCUACCUCAUGAGGUGCUCAACUUCACGCAGUCCAUGGGAGUGCCUCAACCCGUGGGAAUAACCAUCACCCAGGCAUACACUGUCAACUAUACCGCUACCGAACUCACUACUACUACACAACAAUGUCCAUCUCCCUCAAGCACUCGCACCAUUUACAGCAUCGUCUUUCCGUCGCCCGAUGCCGCGCCCAUCGAAGUGACGGCCCAAAGCCAGGUUUUGACCUCGUAUAUUCCUGAGAUGACGUGGUGUGUUGCGCCUCCUUUGCAAUACCUACCAAUCUCUGGUGCACCAUAUCUUAACGCUACCACAAACCACACAACCACGGUCACCGGAACUGGCAGCUGUGAAACAGUGUACGCGCCGUUGGAGACGACCGUUUGCGCCACGACAUUGACUGGACUGGCCUCAAAGGUGACCAUCACAGACUGCAGUCAAGAGGUCACUUUCUCGACUGAGUGUGGCUUUACACUGGAAACACCGACGCCAACGAAGGGUAACAAUACGUCAAUGAUCACGCCUGCCCCGACCGUUCGGCAGAUCUUCACAUACUAUGUUGCGCCAUGGCAGUCUAUGACGGCAGGUGAAACACCUUCAGACGUCGACGUCAAGAUAUGCAAGGUCCUCGACAAUGGCGACCUUGAGUGCAGCCGCUUCCAGGAGGUUUGGGAAGUUGUUGUGGUCACAAGCACAUUGACAACGACACAUCCCAUUGCAUUCACUGCGACUGUAUCCGGCCCAGGUACGCUAAUCGUCGAAACAUUCCAGGCCAUUGUGACGGAUACAAUCACGACACUUGGUCUUUCGACGACCCUGCUGUUGGAGACGGAAAUCGAAACUGAGAGCACAAGUACGCGGAGGAAGACGUCUGCAAGUGGCACUUCGACGGUUAAUGGUGGCACUUCCACGCUCUUCCUCACCAAGACCGUGCAUCAAGUCAGAAGAGCCUACAAGCACGGUGUUCUUGACUUCUACAACCACGACUACUGGAACAACCACCAUUACCAAACCUCGCUCGACCUCUACUUCUUGAAGCACUUUGCUACUCAGGCGAAUUUUGGUAGUUUUGCAUUUCAUAUUGCGUGUAUCUGCGCUGUCACGAGCUUUUUCUUCUGUCAAGUAACCGUGCUGAGACUAUCUGGCAAAGCGAGCUACACCACCACCCUACAUGGCGGUCCAGUGAUGUACAUCUCUCAGAGCGACGCGCUCAAUAUCGCCGAGCAGAAGCGCUCCCUCACGGCCAGGCAUUCACCACACAUCGCAUCUCCAUCUCCGGCGGCGACGAAGAGUGCAGAAUUGCCAGCUCUGCACAUCUCCUUCCAGGCCGACGACGGGCAUAUGAUGCUUUACCUGCCAAGCGUCGCGGCGGCUGCGUUUUGCAAAGACGUUGCGAGGCAAAGCUCCAAGAGAAGUGUGGCGACGGUUGUGGAGUUGGAGGUUAAGAUUGGUAAAGACAAUGUCAAGAUACCCGUUCCUGGGGAUAAUGCGGGUGUAUUUUGUCAAGGGCUUGGAACGGGCGGGGAAGAGGCGGGUAGUAUAUCUUCGGCGACGCUACCGGGUGCUGGGAAGACGAGUGAAGUUGCUCAGAGCACGCAGAUCCAGGCGAGUGAUGGUACUGCUGUCAGUGCGAAGCCGCCGAAGUCUGGUGCAUCGAGUCCAGCGAAGGCUACGCAAGCUGUGCCCGAAGAUGCCAACCCAACAACUUCGAAGAUCGCAGGCGACUUGACAAUGGACGAUGGCGCCGUUGCACAUGCAGACACUAUUGCGCCUACCAUCACGCCAGAGCCAAAAGCCCAGGUCCAGGAAAUCGGCCAUAAAACUGUCCAUGUCACAAACUAUGUGACGGCGUACAGACGUACGAUGGGCGCAGCGGUGCGUCCUAGGGCAGAAGAGAAUACUGCCACAAGGCGUGUGGAGUUGAGGUGGUGGUGGAGAAGGGGGAUGCCGAAGAGAGGGCAUGGGGAUGAUGAUGUGAGGGUGACAUCGAGAAAGGGAGGAAAUGGCUCGAGUGUAAAGGCGCCGAAGCCAACACAUCCGCCUGAGGAAGCUGCAGAGGAGAGUGGGAAGGGUGAAAGCGAAGGAGAUGUCGCUGCACCGUCUACCAAGAAAGCGUUGAAGCCGACGCAUACUCCGGUGCCUUCGCAAGAAGCGACACCAGAUCAUGUGGAUGGCGUACAAUUGCCAGAAGACAGCCUGAAUUUGGAUCAUGAGGUCGCAGCUACUUCAAGCACCAAGAAACUGCCGAAGCCAACGACGCCACGGAGGCUGCAAAACCACACUCACCUCUUCCGCCACCACCCCCAGCGCCAAGCCGCUCCGCCCUUCUAUCCUGGGACCCCAAUUGCGAGCCUACCGCCCCUCUCCGUGCCACGCCCUCCCAAGCAAAUCCCGCCACCAAACCUCGGGUGUUGGGUAUCCGUCACCUCGGGUGACAAAGAGGGCAAGACAGAGAAAACGAAUACCUCCAACGAACCCACCGAGUCGUCCGCCGCAUGGGGUAAGAUCCGCGAUCCGCGGCUGCUCUGGACAGUGGUGGUGAUGUGGGGAUUGCUUGUUUUGCAGGUGGUGUUGGGGUGGUGGGAGUUUGGCAAGGGGGCGUGGGGAUGGGAGGGGUGGGUGCCUAUGGUUGGGCGGGUGGGGUGGUGGGAUGGGAAGAUAGCUGCGGCUGGGUAG